AUGGCGUUGAAACGAAUCCUGGUGAUCGCCGGCUCAGACAGCUCUGGUGGAGCUGGGCUCGAAGCGGAUCAAAAAGUCAUUGCUGCACAUGCGUGCUAUGCGAUGACUGCUACGACUGCAUUGACGGCGCAGAACACGCUUGGUGUGCGAGAUGUUCAUCAAACGCCGCCUGACUUCUUGAGGAAGCAGAUCGAUGCUGUUUGUGAAGAUGUUGGGGUUGAUGUUGUCAAGACUGGUAUGCUGGCUUCCGCAGAGUCUAUCCAAGUCGUCGCCGAUGCGUUUCGUCGACACCAUGUUAGCACGAGUGUUGUGGAUCCUGUGAUGCUUUCCACAUCGGGCUACCAACUUCUCCCACAAGACGCUGUGAUUACGCUGAUAACUACUCUCCUCCCUUUAACCACGAUUCUGACUCCCAACCUCCCUGAAGCGAAACUGCUGCUCGAAACUGCCCACGUGGACUCCAAAGACCCAGAAAAUGUCGACGAUAUUGUCGCUAUGGCACGACGUAUCCAAAAGUUGGGCCCUAAAUGGGUGUUGCUCAAAGGUGGACAUCUGCCACUAACGAAAGGGAGGGUAGUCAGCAAAGAAGAGAGCGAAAGGGAGGUUGUAGUGAACGUUUUGGUGGGAGAGCAUGAAGUGACGGUGCUUGAAAGUGAGUAUUUGAAGAGUGAGAAUACACAUGGCACGGGGUGUUCAUUGGCUUCUGCAAUUGCAUGCAACGUCGCCUCGGGUAUGAGCGUUGUGAAUGCGGUGAAGAAGGCGAGCUUGUAUAUCGAAGCGGGGAUAAAGACGAGCCAGAGUAUUGGGAAGGGCAGUGGCCCGAUCAACCACUUCCACUCGACAUAUACACUACCUUUUUCACCAGGUGGCUUCAUUUCGUACCUACUCGACCACGAGGAUGUUCAAGGACCAUGGAAGCAGUACACUGAACACGAGUUCGUGCACAAGAUGGCUGAUGGAACGUUGCCUGUCGAAAACUUCCGGUACUACAUGAUCCAGGAUUAUUUGUUUCUGAUACAAUUUGCAAGAGCAAACGCACUGUCGGCGUAUAAGUCUAGUUCUCUAGCUGACAUAGGUCGGUCAGUGCAACAAGUCGUAACCUUACAGGAGGAGAUCAAGCUGCACAUUAACUUCUGCAAGCAGUAUGGACUGGAGGUGGAGGACAUCGAAAGGCAAGAAGAGGACCGAGCAACUACUGCAUACACGAGAUACGUCCUCGACAUCGGUCAAUCCCAAGACUGGAUUGCCCUGCAAAUCGCCAUGCUCCCAUGUCUAAUUGGUUAUGGGGCCAUUGCGAAACGUCUAAAUGAAGACCCAAAGGCCACCAGGAAAGGUAACGAAUACUGGAAGUGGGUCGAGAGUUAUGUGGGACAGGAGUAUCUCGACGCGAUAACGAGAGGUUCAGAUCUGAUUGAGGAGCAUGCGAUGAAGCUCUCGGUGUCGAGGGUCGAGGAACUCGCGAAAAUAUUCGUUCAUGCGACAAACAUGGAAAGGGGCUUUUGGGACAUGGGGUUGAGCGUUGGGAUAAAAACAUAG